GCGCAACGGAAGCUUCAAGUUCAAGUACAGGCGUACAGGCUGCUGAACGGCUUCUUCCUUUCAGACUCGGUAUUCCGCAGCUGCUGGCACCAGUUGCAGACUUUCAAAGAACCUCGCAGGGCUCCUUUUUGUCAGCUGCAGGCUGUCAGCAGCAGCAGAAGAAAAGGCAGAUUGUCUCUGUGUGAUUGGACGCCUUUUGCUCUCUGAGAGUUGCUGCUUCUUGAAAUCUAGCUGACGAGCAAUUGUCUGGUUUUCCUCCAUCUUUCUGAAAGCUGUUGCAAUGGCUGAGGAUCACGGGCCUGUCAUCAUUGUGACCAGCAAAGCGCACUGGGACCAAUUGCAUCAGGAGAAUGCGGGGUCCACUGUUGUGGUCGAUUUUUGGGCCACAUGGUGCGGGCCAUGCAAGCACAUUGCUCCCGUCUUCGUUGAAUUGGCAAAGCAAUACCCGCAUGUGGUGUUCCUCAAGGUGGACGUGGACGAGAACCAAGACAUUGCUCAGAUGGAGGAUAUCAGUGCCAUGCCAACUUUCCGUGUCUACAAACGCGGCAAUAAGAUCGACGAGCUGAUUGGGGCAAGCAAAGAGAAAUUGGAGCAACUGGUAGCCACGAACUCCUAGGCAAAUUCUUGGGGAGUGUACAUACUGCUCAUUCAUCAUGCCCUCACUUCCUUGUAUAGAGGAGCAGCACAAAUAGUACUCACUGUAGUGAGAGGUUACUGAGAAAGGUGAGAGUUACUGAGAAAGGUCAUGCUUUGAGAUAGUGCAGUGUGCAUCAAUCAGCUUUUGAUCUUCAAGCGGACAGAAAAGCUUGAACUCAACCAACCAAAGCCAUGGAAUUGUAACGUACUCCAAACAAGAGAGUAGCCUAGUGGGAGCAUGCCCGCCCAUAUCGCGUAUCAAAAAAUAUGUAAGAAAACUCAGCGGUCGAUUGGCAAUACAAUGCUAUGACAUCAUGACUCAACAACUCGUACUGCUAUAGGUAUCCAAUUUUAGAGGCGCGGCUUGUGUACGGUAUCUCAGGCAUUGAUUUGCAGAGGCCUUGAAUCCCAG